AUGACUUUCGUUGCUGAAAAUACGUUCUUGUGGCAAAAAUUGGCGAUUGAAAUAAACCACACUAUGACGGUUGAUAACGUAGCAAAAUUGCUUCGCAUGGGAGUUAAAAUCCUAUUCCUUCGAUUUGGGUUGUACACGAAGAUUGAAAAUGAAAAAAUACUGGAUGUGUCCAAUCAAGCCAUCAACGUGUAUUCUACGGAAACAGUUCCUUGGAAACCCGUGAUCGGGAUUGCGUGCGAACUGAGUGGCAAAAGUUGUCGAUUGAAGUUCGACAGGAAUCGAGGUCCGAUUGAAAUUGUUCCAGGACAAAGAAUCUUUUUAACGUCCGAUACAAAGUAUGAGAAUAAAAAGAUUGACACUGUUAUAUAUGUUACAAAUUUGAAGAAACAACUGACAAGAUUGAAACCGAACGAUGUUGUAAAAAUAGAGCAAAUUGAACUGAAAGUAUGCAAAAUCAAUGGAAAAUUCAUGCAAUGUUGCGUAAGGAAUAACGAUGACAUCAGUCCUCCGCUGAGACUGCAUCCUUAUGAUCGCUUAAUAAUUAAGGCUUUGAACAGCAAGUGGAGAUUUGACGAGAACGAUAAACAAGAAUGUGUAAUGGCUCUUAAUAACAAUUGCCAUUACAUUGUGAUACCUGACAUGGAAAGCCAUAUGGUAAUUCAUGAUUUGGAUGAAUUAAUUCAGUUUCACCAAAUCGAAAACCGAACAAUUCGAACCAUAGCUAAACUUGCCCCGUCUGUAGUAGACCCCUGCAUCAAACAUAAUAUUCAACACGUGGCUGGAGUUAUUACCCAGGAUGCCGGUGUUAUCAGGCAAUGUAAAGAAUAUUGCAAAUCAGUACUGUUCGAACUAUCUAAUUUGAAUCAAUUACGCAAUGAAGAUAUUGUGCAUCAGGUUGACGUUUUCAUCACAAAUCCUGAUCUACUAGAGCCACUCAAAUUCAGUCUCAAAGAGCUCAAUCAAACCACAAUCCAUAAAAUUGGUGCGGUGCCGAUACAACUGCAGCAGAAGCAACACAUCUUAAGUCAGUGUAUUGAAUAUGCCAGCAACAAUUGCAAAGCUAAUGCCAUCAUCCUUUGUACAUCAAAAACUUCAUGUGAAUCUGAAAAACUGUCCAGAAGAAAAUUACCCUGUCCGGUCCUCAUCACAACCAGCUAUGACGAUGUCAUGUACUAUCUGUUGCUUCGGAAAUAUUGCUUUCCAAUCUCGAUACCACGGAACAUAAAAUCAAACCGACAACUCAUCAAAUACGCAACCGUUUACGGGAGGAAAUUUGGAUUUCUGAAACCAGGUAAUCUAACCGUUACUGGUUUCGGCGAGAGCUUGAUUCAAGGUGUGGAAUUACGGUACGUGCCAGACGAUUUAAUUCUUCGACUUCAAUAA